AUGUUUCUGGUGAAAAAGUACAAUCCUUCAUUUGGUAUAUGGAUGGGAAAUAAAAGAUUGCAUACCAUUUCGAGGUCGAUUAAGAGUGCCAGUGAAGCUGGUAAUGUUUUAUUAGAAGAAAAAUACCUCCAAGGAAUGAGUGGUGAUAAAUUGCACAUUUCUGCAGGUAAAUCAGCAGAUUUUGGCGAAAGUGCAAAUGCAACACAAGUAUUUUGCUCUCUUGCGGACAAUGCAUUGCGCACUAGAGAUAACUACAGCUUAAAGGAAAAUGAACUACAAAACUUUAAGUGUGAUUCUUGCAAAGAGUGCUUUUCAUCAAAAUACAAGCUAAUAAUGCAUGUGUUCAUUCACAUUGAUGGUGUAGAGCCACCUAGAUACAUAUGUCCAGGCUGUGGUGAGGUGUUUCGCAACAGUGGUAGCUUGAGGAAGCAUUUUAUGAUGCAACGAGGAAUUAGUCAAGCAGAAUAUGAACCUAGCAAAAUCUCCAAUAAAUAUCAUAGGCUAGAGUCCUAUGAACUACAAAAUUUUAAGUGUGAUUCUUGCAAAGAGUGCUUUUCAUCAAAAUACAAGUUAAUAAUGCAUGUGUUCAUUCACAUCGAUGGUGUAGAGCCACCUAGACACAUAUGUCCAGGCUGUGGUGAGGUGUUUCGCAACAGUGGUAGCUUGAGGAAGCAUUUUAUGAUGCAACGAGGAAUUAGUCAAGCAGAAUAUGAACCUAGCAAAAUCUCCAAUAAAUAUCAUAGGCUAGAGUCCUAUGAACUACAAAACUUUAAGUGUGAUUCUUGCAAAGAGUGCUUUUCAUCAAAAUACAAGCUAAUAAUGCAUGUGUUCAUUCACAUCGAUGGUGUAGAGCCACCUAGACACAUAUGUCCAGGCUGUGGUGAGGUGUUUCGCAACAGUGGUAGCUUGAGGAAGCAUUCUAUGAUGCAACGAAGAAUUAGUCAAGCAGAAUAUCAACCUAGCAAAAUCUCCAAUAAAUAUCAUAGGCUACAGUCCUAUGAACAAAUGUAUACUGGUGAUAGAUCAGCCGUUCGUUUGAAACGUACUGCACAGCCAGGUCGACGGAAGAAACAGACCUUAUUACAGUCUGGAGAGAGAAAACACCUAUGUGAUGUUUGUGGGACGGCUUUCAUAACGUCUAGUGGGCUGAAAAGGCACACAUUGGUACACACUGGCAAGAAGCCGUACAAGUGUGGCACUUGUGGGAAAUCGUUUUCUCUCUCUCACCAUUUGAAGAAACAUGUAUUAACACAUACUGGCGAGAGACCACACAAAUGCGAUAUUUGUGGAAAAUCAUUUAGGUCGUCCAGUGAUCGCAAUCGCCAUUCAUUAACACAUAGUUGGGAGAGCCCAUACAAAUGUCAUAUUUGUGGUCAAGUCUCUAUUAUUUCUGAUACUCUAAAGGAAAAUGAAUUGUUACAUAGUGAUGAGAAGGUAUACAAAUGCGAAGAUUGUAGAUCACAAAAGUAUCAUAUUUUCAAUCCCUCUCACUGUGGCCCUUUGAAAAGGCAGGAGUUCGGCGGUAGUGGCAAAAAACAACACCAGUGUGCUCUUUGUGAUAAAUCAUUUGCUUGCUAUAGUAGUUUCAAAAGACACGUAAUAAUUCAUACUGGCGAGAGGCCACAUAAAUGUAAUAUAUGUGGCAAAUCCUACGGGACACCGACUGGUCUGAAGCAGCAUGUUUCAAUACAUUCUGACGAGAGGGUGCACAGAUGCGAUAUUUGUGGGAAAUCCUUUGUCUCCUCUAUUUAUCUCAAGAAGCAUUCAUUACUACAUACUAGUCCGAAGGUAUACAAAUGCAAUGUUUGUCGAAAAUCAUUUAUGACUUCUAGUGAUCUCCACAGGCAUCGCUUAGUACACACUGUCAAGAAGCCACACAAAUGUCAAAUUUGUGGGAAAUGUUUUUCUCAGCCUGUUCAAGUGAAAAGGCACGAAUUAACACACACUGGGGAAAGGCCUCACAUAUGCCACGUUUGUGGGAAAACCUUUAGAAUGUCUAGUGAUCUCAAUCAACACUCAUUGAUACAUACUGGCAUGUUGCCACACAUGUGUGAUAUUUGUGGGAAAUCCUUUAGAACAGCUAGAGAUUUGAAGCUACACAUUUUUAUACAUACUGGCGAAAGUCCACAUAAAUGUGAUAUAUGUGGAAAAUCCUUCAGGACGCCUAGUGUUCUAAAGAAGCAUGUCUUCAUACAUACUGGCGAAAGGGCAUACAAAUGCGACAAGUGUGGGAAACGCUUUAGGAUGUCUAGUGAUCUCAGGCGACACGCAUUAACACAUCCUGGUGUGAGGCCACACAGAUGUGAUCUUUGUGGGAAAUCCUUUACUAGAUCUAAUGAUCUAAAGGUGCACACGUUAAUACAUAGUGAUGACAGGCCUUUCAACUGUGAUGUUUGUGGGAAGUCUUUUCGCAGAUCUAGCUAUCUGAAGAAGCAUGCAUCCACACAUACUGCAAAGAGGCCAGAAUAAUGCUAUGUUUUUGGAGAAAAGAAUUACUUAUUGUCAUCUCAAGAAAUCCUGAACGAAUAUCUCACAAACAUUCAGUUCACUGCAGAGUCUGGGCUGGUUCAGAUAAUGUCAAGUAGGAUGAAAUAGUAUGUAUUAGGACAGCCAAAGCAUGAAUUGAUGUUCCAUUUGUAGAAAUCUCAAAGUCAGGUCAGUAGUUCAUAAGGGAGACAGAUUUUAGUAAAGCUUGCCAUUGUAACUCAUUUACUAGACAUCAAGUAAAAAUGAACAGUAAUGAAAACUUCAUA